UGAGUGUCACAAUUGUAAAUUCUGUACAGUAUAAACCUGGGUGAAUCUCAGAUUCUUCAUCACUCGAUCUCUGAUUGCUGAGCUAUCUAGACAAACCGAACAGACACUCGUUCACUUUUUUUUCAACGACCCUUUCACUGACAUCCUUUGGAUUCAAACUAAAUCUGUCUCUUAAAAAUGGACGCCAUCUUUGAUCACGCCCACGAUAUGAGACCGUCCUCUUUCUCUGAGGAGGAGCAACAUCACUUCCACGCAGAGAAAAUCCUGCUGAAGCAGUUCAUGCUCAUGAAGCAACAGGAUGAAGUCCCUGACUCUGUGUCUGUGGGACACAUGAAGUCCUGGCUGCUGAAACAAAGAAGCUUCCUGAACGAGAUUCAGGGAAGUGUUAAAACGACAGGGACAGACGAUUUGUCCGCGGCCGAAUUGGCCUACAAUCUGAUGGAAGAGGAGCUCCUGGAGCAGCUGGAGAGAGAGAAGCAGCUCUCACUGCUUUUCAACAGGAACGUCUCACUGAAAGGCCUUCAGAGGUUCAUCACCUCCAUCCGCCCAGGAGCAGAGAAAGUCGUCCAGUUCUUUCUCCCAUCUCUACACAGAAAGCUGCUGCAGAUGUUCCUCUCCAUCAACAUCCCCAGAGAUGGGAUCUCAGCAGGGGACCCCAUACCAGUGGAUCUCCUGGAGCUGGAACAGUUCACUGCUCCUGUAGUGCCACAGGUGGUGGACUCAGCUCUGAAGCUUCUCCUGGAGAACCCAGAGCAGGUCAACAGAGAAGAAGCAGCCAAUGCUGAGAUUAGCCAGCUACUGAUGCAGUGUGUAGUUCCCUACCUUUCCUGCCAUGUGACAGUAAAUGACACACUUGUGCUUGGGGUCUGCAAAAUCAUGGCCAAGUUCAUGGUCAAAGCCAUCAAAAAAAACAUUGACAUGCACUCCAAGUAUUUUGAGCAGAUGGAUGAAAAUGAGAGCUGCUCCUCUGCCAGAGACAAGGUCAUCACUGCUAUCCGGGACAUGACAGAGAAGGCAAAGACUGAUACUUCCAGCCGGGCUCACAUCCAAAUCAGCAACUCCCAUCAGGCUGAAGACAGUUCUUCAGAGAAGAGGGGGACUUCUCUGGAGGCUGUUCACACUGAGGAAAAUGAUGAGGGACUCGUGGAGAAGAGGGAGGCUUCUCCUCAAGUUUCCUUGGAUGAAGUGAUGGCCACUAUACAAGAGGAUGUGACUGAGGACAGAUCUAUGCUCAGUCCAGAUACUUGUCUGACUCCACCCUGCUAUGAUGGGCUUGAAGACCUACAACAGUCUGCUAUAUCAGACAUAGUCCCUUCUGAAGACAUCACCUCAGAGGCAGAACAUCAACUACAGGAGAAGAGGGGGGCAUCUCCACAAGUCACUGCCACUGAGGAGCUGGAAAAGACACUUCUGGAGAAGAGGGAGGCUUCUUCAGAAGAUGUUUGUUCUAAGCAGGAGGGACUCAUACAUCAGAACGAGGCUUUACCACCAGUCUCCAAGACAGAAGAGACAGCCACCAUGACAAAGAAGCUGAUGGAGGACACACCAUUAGUCAGCCAAGACACACAUGUGACUCAGUCUUGUGAUGACCAGAAUGAAGAAGAGAGACAAGAUGACUCUGGUGAAGAAGUCCAGGCCUCUUCUGGUGAAGACACAGAUCACAAAGUGCAGCCGGCAACAUCACAAGUUCCUAUUGAACAGAUCAGCACAAUGGCAGCAGAAAAUCGACCAGUGGAGGAGAGGGGGCCUUCUCCACAGGUCACUGCCACUGAUGAGCUGGAAAAAAAGACUGUAGAGGAAAAAGAGAUGUCUUCAGAUGUCAGUGCCACCAACCCAGAAAAUAUCACCGGGGACAAAGCAGUCUGGGUCAGAGUGGAGACAAAUGUCAGCGUCUUCCUCGACACUGAGAUCGAAAUAAUCCAAGAGGGGAUAGUGGAGUCAUCUGAGAUACAGGAUGCUCUCUCUGUGAACGGCAAGAAAAAGAAGAAGAAGAAGAAGAAGAAGGGAGUGAAAGCCUUCUUUCGAGGUGCCUGGAAGAGUGUGACGUCCUGUCUUCGUUCUUCUACUGAAGAAUAAAACACAGCAUAUAAAAACUGUUUCAUGCAUUAAAAAUAAAAUAAAAAGCUCAUCUAAAAAUA